CGUAGCUGCCUGCUAUUUGAACGCUUCCUUUACUCGCGUCUACCUAUAACUGUUUACGAAGAUUUCACCUUGUUUCCUAAUCGUAAAUGUUGUAUUAUCUAAUAUUGCAAAAUUAGGCAGAAAGCUUGAAGUGAAAUUUCUAAGUCAGAUGUUAGAGCAAACGACAUUAACCUCGUUGUGUGUCAACAAAUAAAUAUAAACAGUGAUCGGGACAAGUUAGACUGGUGUUCGUAACAAGAAGUGAUGAAUUAAACAAUGUUUUAAACUGGAUCCUGGACAAGAAUGGGCAUCGUGCACUUAUAUCGGUGCGUGAUUUUCUCCCGACUUCGCCCACAUUCGUUUAUGAUUGGCGCGUCGUGAACAUAGCAUCAUGCCGCGGGGGGUAUAUAUUGCGAUUGUGGUGCUAGUGCUGUGUGUCCUGACUAGGGGUGACCUGCCUGAAGAUGACUUCAGGAUAAUCAGUCGACAAGAUCUACUGGCGUCAGACAGCGAUGUCUUCCAAGAUGAACCGAACAACGCUAAAUCAUUUUCGCAACUGCUAUUCGACGUGGCAAGAGACCAAGUCAUUGUGGGCGCAAGAGACGCUCUCUACCGCUUAUCGCUGCGCGGUUUACGGAUGUUGGAGCGCGCCGAUUGGCCCGCGCCCGCAAAUACUACGAAUCUCUGCCAGGCCAAAGGGCAGACGGAAGACGACUGCCACAAUUAUAUCAAAGUACUUCUCGCUUAUGGCCACAAACUGUUCGCAUGCGGAACUAACGCGUUCAGUCCGGUCUGCAGCUGGCGAGACAUGGAGUCGAUAAGCCAAGUGUACGAGAAGGUGGAUGGCGUUGCGAACUGCCCCUGCAGCCCGCACUCCAAUGUGACGUCAAUCCUCGCCAGCGACGGCGAAUACUACGCUGGGACUCCAACGGACUUUACCAGCUCUGAUACGGCUAUCUGCAGGAGCCGCGGCGCAUCCACAAGACCAAUUGACACCUUGCGCACUGCGCAAUAUGACUUGAACUGGCUGCAUGACCCGCAGUUCGUGGGCAGCUUCGAAGACGACGCAUUCAUCUACUUCGUCUUUCGCGAGGUGGCCGUCGAGUUCAUGAGUUGCGGGAAGAUAGUGUACUCACGCAUAGCGCGCGUUUGUAAGAACGACAGGGGCGGGCAUCUUGUGAUGAGGGACAACUGGAGCACGUUCCUCAAAGCGCGACUCACAUGUUCCGUACCCGGUGAUGUUCCAUUCUUUUACGACGAAGUGCAGAGCAUGGAAUACUUGCCACAGGAGAAAAUUCUAGUCGCUACUUUUACUACGCCUACUAAUAGCAUCGCCGGCAGCGCGGUGUGCGUAUAUAACAUGCCGGAUAUCCAAGCGGCCUUUGAAGGCCCGUACAAGGUCCAGAAGCAAGGCUCUACCGAAUGGGAGCGCAUCAUUUCGCCCGAAGCCCGCGACCACUUCCGAUGCGUAACUGAUUCUAGAACUCACGAAGAAAUGAAGUAUCUGAGCUAUCACCUAAUGUAUGAAUCCGUACAGCCCAUAUCAGGAGAGCCAGUCUAUAAAGCGAUAUUAGAACGCUUCACACACGUCACAGUCGAUGUUACCACAACUAAAUCUGGGAAGCAGUUAGUUGCGUACGUCGCCACUCAAAAUAAUGACAUUUUGAAAUUAGUCGUCUUGCCACGUUUCGAUGGGGCGUGCCUUAUUGAAGUGCUGCGAAUGAAAGAUGAGAAGAACAAUUUUAACGUGUUAAAGAUGCAGUUUGUUAAAGAUACUAUGUCUAUCUACAUCGGCAGCUCUGCCAGCGUGUUGCGCAUAAGCGGCGAGCGUUGCUAUCGGUACCGUUCGCGAAGCGCAUGCGCUGCCGCCGCCGACCCACAUUGCGGGUGGGAUGAUGCACGGGAUAUGUGCCUACACUCGCAUGAUCCAGGGUACGCUGCCACUGUACUUGCGUGUCCUAGCGGGAACACUCCAGUGGAUGGCGGGUGGUCGUCGUGGUCAGAGUGGGAGUCGUGCAUGCAGGACGGCACGGCGCAAUCUGCAUACGGGGAUCGACCAGACCUGUGCGCCUGUCGAAAGCGACGUUGUGACAAUCCGCGCCCCACCUAUGGUGGCCUGCCAUGUGAAGGACCAAGCAUAUCAGUGACGAAUUGCACUGUGCACGGCGGGUGGUCGACGUGGUCGGGGUGGUCAGAGUGUUCAUCAACGUGCGGCAUCGCGGUCAAGUCUCGCCGGAGGUCCUGUUCCUCUCCUGAGCCGCGCUUCGGCGGACGCGUAUGUGUCGGACUCGAAGUACAGGACCUCUACUGCGCUAAUCUACCGCCUUGUCCAGAUCCAGCAUUAGCGCCUGUUGACGGCGGAUGGUCAGCGUGGGGCCCGUGGUCUCCAUGCACAAGCAUGGGUGGCGCAGGAUGUGGACCGGCUGCAGGGUGGCGUGAGCGUCGUCGAACAUGCACAAAUCCAGCACCAAAACACGGUGGAUCUGAUUGCGAUGGCAAUAAGCUCGACCGACAACUGUGCGACAUGAGGCCCUGUGAACUCAGGAAGGCUACGGCUUGGACCCGCUGGGUGCAAAUUCAUAGCAAUACAUCAGACGGGAGCUACACGGAGCAGCGAUUCAAAUUCCUUUGCAAGGCGCCGUCAUCGGAGCAGAUCAAAUUGUCGGUAGCACGCGAAGAAGAGCGGUAUUGUACGUCACGAGGCUCUUGUACCACCACUCCACUGGAAGAAGAUACGGGAUGGGAACCAUGGGGCCCCUGGGGAGACUGUUCAGCCCCCUGCGGAGGAGGGCAACAGAUCCGCAAAAGACGUUGUCGAAAACAACAAUGUACAGGACCUAGAGAUAUGCUUCGCGCGUGUAACACUCAGGCUUGCUCAGGCGAAUGGUCGUGCUGGAGCGAAUGGAGCGAAUGCCCGGGAGGUUGCGGUGCUGGAGCAAAGGACGGCGUGAGACGACAAACACGCACGCGCCAGUGCCUAUCGCCCAAUGGCUGCGCAGACGCCGGAGACGCUACUGAAAAGCGUGACUGCCUUACCAAUUGCAUUGAGAACGACUCUGACUGGGGAGAGUGGGGCGAGUGGACAACCUGCCAGAACGGCGAGCGGCUACGCCGUCGUAAAUGUGCCUCGGGCGCCUGCGCCGGCGCACAGAUACAGCUUGCUUCGAGCUCCGACGACGAUCAACUUAGCAACGAUCUUUUCGCUCUGCCAGUAUAUAAAGCCCAUGUGGAGAAGGCCUCAUUUAUUACAAUGAGGGACACCUUGGGCUCCGGCGGCAUUAUCGGCUGCGUUGUAGGAGCCUUUGCAGCUGGAUGUUUAGUCUGUUUGGCGGGGGUGAUCUACUGGCAGCGACGGAGGCCGCGGCUGCCUUGGCGGCGCAGAGCCCGCGUGCCUUCCAGUCCGCAUUACAUCACUGCCAAACAAAACAGCUACGUCACUGUGCCACUUAAAGAAGUCUCGCGCAAAGCUAAACGCCAGCCCUCGUUCACGGGUAUCGGCGGUGGUAGCGGAAUCAUCCUCUCGAAAAGCAACAAUCUAUCCAAUGCCAACAACCAUAAAACAGUUGUCACUCCCAAACUGUAUCCGAAGGCCAUCGCCAACGAAUAUGACUCCAUGGGCACGUUGAAACGGCAUUCUAACCAACCUAAUCAUAAGAACAAUCUCGAUAUAGAAGAGGAUAAGUUCUAUUGAGUGUAACUUGAAAACGGUCGGGGUCAAUUAUGUUACUCGCUGAUUUGUCCGUGCCGACCGCGACUCACGCGCUUCCUCGAUGCAACCUAAUUAUAGUGGCUAAUGAGUGUUGCCAACUACAUAUUUUGUGCCGCCCGCAUACAGCCGCUGUCGGCCACCCCGCCCGGCUUGCCGCACGGUGGCCUACAUUACUUUUCUUUGAUGUGGUCGCCACUCUAGAACAAGUCUGCUCCAUUGACCAUCCAACCUCCGACCUUUUCUAGUCCGGCCCACGACCACUUGAGCCUACUAAUUUUGCGAGCUAUGUCGGUCACUUUAGUUCUCUGACGAUUGACUCAUUAGGGAUUCGGUCCUGAGGAACUGGAUGGGGUCAGGGAUUGGAUAUAUUAAUACCUAACAUAGCUCACUCGCUAUACGACUAAGUCGGCACGAAAAUCUGCGAGUAACUUUAUUUUCUAGUUGGUGAUUAUUAAAAUCAUUUGUUAUCUAAUAAUAGAUAUAAUAGACAUUCCACCUAGACCAUGAUAAAUAAAAAGGACUUCAUUUCCAGUGCAUUGUUGUGACAUUAGUGGACAAUUGUGUGUGUCGGUCUACUACUUUGAUUGAUUUCAGUAUAAUCGACAUUAUAUUUUAGUGAUGCAUGAACCUAUCCCAGUGCUUUAGACACCUUGAUGUUCAUGUAGUCAGUAUUUUUAUAAAACAUUAUAAUUAAUUGUUUUAUAAAUAUCGAAAUGAAUCAGGAAAUUGACCAAGUUCCUUUUAUUAACUUGUCAAUUCUUAGUAUACUAAUUCAUAGUAAGA